GUAAAUUCAACGCGAAAAAUCUUACGGAACGUUAUUUUAAAAUAGUUCAUUUAACGUAGAAUCAAACAUAUCUUUAUUUUAGAAUAAAGUUUCAAGUUAAGUUUCAAGACUUAUAUCUUCAAGUAACGUCAAUGAAAUGUAAUAGAACAUCGAUUCAUUGGUCGAGUAUCGCUCAUCCCAUAGUCGUAAACAAACAUAACCUACAGGCUGAGUGGUGGUACGUUUCGCGUCGUGUAUUUUCAAUCGUGCAAAAAUGUCUUUGAAGAGGAAAUUGACGCAGGAUGAUCUGCGUAAAGCGAUGAACGAGCAUAAGAAAAAACUCGGUACAGUUAAAAAAAUCGAGUCGCCUUUAGCAAAGUACACAGAUUCUGGUCAGCUUAUGUGCAUUUUAUGCAAGUCAACUGUACGCAAUGAGACAGUAUGGCCUGUUCACCUAAAUUCCAAAAUACAUAAGGAAAAUAUUGCAUUAGCAAAAAAGACUAAACUAGAGACGGAGAAUCCUGUAAAGACAGCUAAUGUCACAUCGUUCAAAAGACCUCUCUCUCCAUCCCAGAAUGUUUCUAUAAAUAAAAAAAUAAAGGGAAUAUUGAAAAACAAUAGUCAACCAGUAACACAAACUAAAUCAAGUUUGCCGGCUGACUUUUUUGAUAAUAAUACAAAGCAAGUUAAUGGUGGACCUUCUUCUGCAACACAAAAGUCAGAAAGCAAAGAUUCUACAACUAAUAUCACAGAUGUACAAAGUGUCGAAGUAGAGGAAGAAAAAGAAAAGGAGAAAGAAAAAGAAAAAGUAAAGGAUACGAAUACAUCUGCUCUUCCAGAAGGAUUCUUUGACGACCCAGUAUUGGAUGCUAAGGUACGUAACGUUGAAUACAAAGAUCCUAUAGAGGAAGAAUGGGAGAAAUUCCAAAAAGAGAUUAAGGAAGAGACUGCGCAGUCUGCGCAGAUUAUUGCUGACGACCAAGAGGAAGCAACAACGGAAAGACAAUUGGACGAAAUUGAGGAGCAAAUUAGGCACUGGUCCAGGGUAAUGGAUCUUGUAAAGCGCAAGGAACAAGUACAGGCUACCGACAGGAAGCAAGAAAACAUUGAUGAUAACGUAUCGAGCGGCGACGAGACAGAAUUCGACGAGUUCCUCGACUGGCGGGCAAAGAAUUCCUACAAAUAAAAUUCUUUAUGUAUCUAAUCAUUUUGUAAAUAUAACAUCUUUGUUUUCU